GACGAGGUGUGGCUGUCGGUGUGUGAAACGGGGGCGGGUGGAUUGAAGUGGUGAAAUGAAGGCUCGCUUUUGAUAUCCUUCCUCUUUGCAUCCAUCCAUUGAUUUUAGGUCAUAAUGGUUACUCCUGCCGUCAAGCACAACAUCGUGAAGAAGCGUCGUGCUCACUUCAAGCGCCACCAGUCUAACCGCUUCAUGCGUGUUGGUGAAUCGUGGAGAAAGCCCAAGGGUAUUGAUUCUUGCGUUCGCAGACGUUUCAAGGGUCAAGCUCCCAUGCCCAAGAUCGGUUAUGGUUCCGACAAGAAGACUCGUCACUUGUUGCCCAACGGUUUCCGCAAAUUCUCCGUCUCCAACGUCCGUGAAGUCGAAUUGUUGUUGAUGCACAACCGCACCUACGCUGCCGAGAUUGCCCACAACGUCUCUUCCAAGAAGCGUGUUGCUAUCCUCGAGCGCGCCGCUCAACUCAACGUCAAGGUCAUCAACGCCGGUGCCCGUCUCAGAUCUCAGGAGUAA